UCUGGUGUUGAGACAGAUGGAGUGUUGGUGUCUGUGAUGGAGGGAGAUUCAAUUACUCUACACACUGGAAUUAAAAAAGCCCAAGAAGACAGAAUUAGAUGGUAUUUCAAUGAGACUCGCAUCGCUCAAAUCACUAAAGAUCUCACCAAGAUCUGUACAGAUGUUCAGUGUAAUGAAGGUACUGAGAGAUUCAGAGACAGACUGAAGCUGGAUCAUCAGACUGGAUCUCUGACCAUCACAGACACCAGAACCUCAGAUGCUGGAGUUUAUCAACUGAAGAUCUUCAGCAGCAGCAGCAUCAGUGAAAAGACCUUCAGCGUUUCUGUCCGUGGUGUUUCUGCUGCUGAACGAGAUGAAAUGAAGAGAAAGUCAGUGAAGGAGGGAGAAUCUGUCACUUUAGAUCCUGCUGUAAUGAAAAACCCAAAUCAUGUGAUGACGUGGUAUUUUAAUGACACGCGCAUCGCUCAAAUUACUGGAGAUCCCAAUAAGACCUGCACAGAUUUUCAUUGUCCUGAGAGAUUCAGACACAGACUGAAGCUGGAUCAUCAGACUGGAUCUCUGACCAUCAGGAACAUCAGAAUCACAGACUCUGGAGUUUAUGAACUACAGAUCAGCAGCAGCAGCAGCAGCCGUCGUCGUCGCCACAGCAUCAGCAGUGUAAAGAGCUUCGAUGUUACUGUCAUUAUACCUUGA